UAUAGUACAUAAUUAAGUGUUGUUUCUUUCAAAAGGUGUGUUGUGGAGACAGAAAAAGAGGGACUCAGGUAAGAACCCAAGAAAGGAAGCUGGGCAGCAGAGAUAAACUUUUCUUUUGGUUUGGCUUAAAACCCAAAAUCCAAAACCAUAAAAAAUGUUGUUCUUUCACUACCUUUACUAUUAUUGAGUGUUAAAAAUGAGUCUUUUUCUUCUCUUCUUCUUCAUCCUUUCGUCUGCUACUGUUUCUUUGUCGUAUGAGCCUCGUAACCAUGAAGUGGAAGCAUUGAUAAGUAUAAGGAAAGAAUUGAAUGAUCCACAUGGGGUGUUAAACAACUGGGAUGAAGACUCUGUUGAUCCUUGUAGCUGGGCUAUGAUCACUUGCUCUCCUGAAAAUCUUGUUAUUGGCCUGGGAGCUCCAAGUCAGUCUUUAUCAGGAACUUUGUCUGGGACGAUAGGGAAUCUCACCAAUCUCUACCAAGUGUUGCUGCAAAACAAUAACUUAUCUGGUGAAAUCCCACCCAAGCUUGGGGCUCUUCCGAAACUGCAGACAUUGGAUCUAUCUAACAAUCGAUUUUCUGGUGCAAUUCCAGGGUCAUUUGUACAGUUAAAUAGCUUGCAAUACCUGAGGCUGAACAACAAUAGCUUGUCUGGGCCUUUUCCUGCGUCUUUAGCAAAAAUCCCUCAGCUUGCUUUCUUGGACUUGUCUUAUAACAAUCUGAGCGGUCCUGUGCCCAAAUUUCCUGCCAGAACUUUCAAUAUUGUGGGAAAUCCAUUGAUAUGUGGAAGCAGUUCCACUGAAUUUUGCUCUGGAUCAGCCAAUGCAGUUCCCCUUUCACUUUCCCUGGGCUCAUCAAGGGAACAACAAUCCAAGAAGUUGGCAAUUGCACUAGGAAUCAGCCUCAGCUUUGCCUCUCUUGUACUCCUAACAUUUGCACUACUUUGGCAUAAAAAGAAACGGAAGAAGCUAACAGUUCUAAAUAUUAGUGACAAGCAAGAACAGGGCCUCAUAAGCCUAGGAAACCUUAGAAACUUCACUUUCAGGGAACUCCAGCUUGCUACAGACAACUUCAGCUCCAAGAACAUACUAGGCUCUGGAGGUUUUGGCAAUGUCUACAAGGGCAAGUUAGGAGAUGGUACUCUUGUGGCAGUGAAGCGGCUAAAAGACUUGACAGGAAGUUUUGGGGAAUCACAAUUUAGGACUGAGUUGGAGAUGAUCAGCUUGGCGGUUCACCGUAAUCUGCUUCGUUUAAUUGGAUAUUGUGCUACUUCUAUCGAGAGACUUCUUGUCUACCCUUACAUGUCUAAUGGCAGUGUGGCGUCCAGGCUUAGAGGAAAACCUGCACUAGACUGGAAUACAAGGAAGAGGAUUGCGAUUGGAGCAGCGAGGGGGCUUCUGUAUCUACAUGAGCAAUGUGAUCCAAAGAUAAUCCACAGAGAUGUGAAGGCAGCUAAUAUUCUUCUGGAUGAUUACUGUGAAGCCAUUGUUGGUGACUUUGGCCUAGCAAAGCUCCUUGAUCAUGCUGAUUCCCAUGUCACCACUGCUGUACGUGGCACUGUUGGGCAUAUUGCACCAGAGUACCUCUCAACUGGCCAGUCUUCGGAGAAAACUGAUGUGUUUGGAUUUGGCAUUCUCUUGAUAGAGCUCAUUACUGGAAUGAGAGCUCUAGAGUUUGGGAAAACAGUUAGUCAGAAAGGAGCAAUGCUUGAGUGGGUUAAGAAAAUUCAGCAAGAAAAGAAAGUGGAAGUAUUGAUGGACAGAGAGCUAGGAAGCAACUAUGACAGGAUUGAAGUGGGGGAGAUGCUGCAAGUGGCUUUGCUAUGCACUCAGUACCUUCCGGCCCACCGCCCUAAAAUGUCCGAAGUGCUCCGGAUGCUCGAAGGUGAUGGGCUUGCUGAGAAAUGGGCAGCAUCGCAUAAUCAUAGUAAUCCCACCAUGAACCUCAACCCUAAAAACUUCAGUAACAAAAGUAUGCCACGCCCUACCACUGGAUCGAAACAUGAUGAAAGAAAUCAUGAUCAAUCGUUCAACAUGUUCGGCACAGGAAUGGAUGAGGAUGAUGAUGAACAUUCUUUGGAUUCCUAUGCCAUGGAACUUUCUGGUCCAAGAUAAGAUUCAAAAUGAAAAAUAGGUGAAGUGAAAUAUAUAUAUAUAUAUAUAUAUAUAUAUAGGAUGAAUUCUUUAUUAAAUUCUACACAAGUUACAUUUGUUUCAAAAAAGGAAAUAGGUGUUAGCCUUGUGUUUAAAGACUUUGAUGUCAAGUUCAUAU